AUGUCAUCUACUUCGUCUGUUGACAGUGAUUGCUCCAAUGACGCAUCUGUCGAGCUACCUAUUGUCUGUUACGAUGGCUACGAUGGCUAUCAUGGCAUCCGCGGACCUACUGAUGACCUUGUUCAUGCUGUGCUUGCUGGCGACUGUGCUCGCGCUCGCUGCCUUUCAAUGCUGGGAUUCGCAGUUCCAGCAGCCGAUUCAUGGGUAGUUUACCAGGCAUGCCUUCAGGGAAUCAAAAUGAUGCAUUCCCUAUCUUUCAGCGCAAGAGCAAAUCUCAAUCGAGUCAUGCCGUGGCAGAUGGGUGACCGAAACUUCCAUUUCUUACUUCGGACACCGUCAGAUCGAUUCAUGGGUACCAAGAUGAUUGCCAUUGCCUAUCUUAUUAGACACGGAGCGCAUCCUCUCGAGCCGGACCGGCUAGGCAACACGGCUCUUCAUAUUCUCGCAGAGGUCCUGACUCAGACUGAAACUGACGGUUUCGGAAUUCUGAGAAAUAUGCUGAAGGAGGACAACAACGAGUUCAUCUCAAGGACGAUACGUGAUACCUGUCGUUCGAAAAUAGAUACCCGCAACAUCCCCACUGGACCAGGUGAAGGAAGUACACCUUUGAUGUGUGCAGUGAUUCAUGGGCAUAGGGAGUGUGUAGAAGUUCUAUUAGAACAUGGAGCAAACCCCCAUGCUAUUGGGCCUUCAUAUCAGUCCCCUUUGUAUCAUGCAGUUGCUCGAGAUUUCAUAGACGUGGCCAGAUUGUUACUAGACCACGGAGCUAUUGUCACUACAGAAAUUGAGGAGGAUGUUCGGUCAUUGGAAAUGGCCCAAGUUCUCCAGGAAUACCAGGAAAUUCAGAUGGUUGAGGAUAGUUCAGAUACAUCAGAAGAUUAA